GUUUAAAAAAACGUCGAAUCUUCGGCCGCGCCUCGACGACUCGACGACUCGCCAUGGUGCAUCAUGUGGUGGCCGCCAUCGCCACGGGCAUUGGCCUGCUGACGGACAAGUACAUGCUGGGCGCCACGAACUUUGUGGAACACUAUGCCCAUGACUUCCACGCCACGGACGCUCAGAAGGAUUUCGUGAAAGCGGCCAUGUAUGGCGGAGCGAUUUUGGGCAUGAUCGUCAUGGGCCCUUUGUCUGACAUCAUCGGAAGACGUGCUGGAUUGAUUCUGUGUUCCCUCAUCACGCUUUGCGGUGCUCUUCUGAGUAUGUUUGCGUGGUGCGAGAAUGCCUUGAUCGUUGCCCGCAUCAUCACCGGUAUCGGCAUGGGCGGUGAGUACCCUUUAGCCUCCUCCCACAGCGCCGAAAGUUCCGAGAGCACCAACGAUGGCGCGAAAAACGUGGCGCUGCUGUACCUUUUCGGCUCCGGUGGUGGGCAGGCCUUGUGCCCCUUGGUGACCUACAUCAUGGACGUCGCGGGUGUGCCCGAUGAGAUGCUCUGGCGUGGCAUCUUCGCCGUAGGCUCCGUGCUGUCGCUGCUGGGUUUGGGGCUUCGCAUUGUGGCGACCAAGGAUAGUCAAAAGUUUAAGGCGAGUCGUGAAGAUUCGAAGGCGAGCAAUCAGUCCACGCGAAGCUUGCUGCGACCCUACUGGAGGCCUUUGUUCGGCACUGCUGGGGCCUGGUUCCUCUACGACGUCGUGGAGUACGGCCUGAAGCAAAAUGAUGCAGCCAUUUUCGAUGCCAAUCAUGAUGGGGACUAUAGCCAGAGCGUGUUAGCAGUCUUUUGCACUCGGAUGCUGGUGAUUCCCUCGUUGAUCGUGGCACCGUGGUUGCUGACGAAGAUCUCCAGCCGGAAGGUGCAGGUCGUGGGCUUUCUGGGCUGUGCCUUGUGCAACCUCGGCUUGGCCUUGGGCUAUGGACCCCUGAAGGAGAUUUCCAUCUUGUUCAUUGGGCUCUACAUUGUGCAGCUGUCAUUCCAGAGUUUGCCAGGUGUCACCACCAUGGCCAUCAGCGCUGAGAUCUUCCCCAGCAUGGUACGAGGCACGGGCGCCGGCAUCAGCGCGGCCUUUGGCAAACUGGGCGCGACCAUCGGAUCCUAUGCAUUUUCGGAGCUGAAGAACUUGGGUUUGAUUGCCACCAUUUUCUGGGUCGUCGUCAUCACAUCUUUUUUGGCCAUCCUCUUGACCUUCUAUGCCAUCCCCUACUACAAUGGAAGCACCCUGGAUGCAGCCGAUGCGCUGGCGCGGGAGGGGCAGAUGGAGGAAGCCGUGCGCGUUCUCUUCGCGGGGCCCAGGAACCUGGAAGUCGAUGCCAAGUCGAAGUAUGCCAAGGACGAGGUGACGUCGGAUGAGGAGUCUGGCAGCAGCGUCCAAAAAGUGGAGGAAGUCCAGUGAUUUUCCGCGGCCGCGGCCGGUGACGACUUAAAAAGAUCGAGCCGUGCCAGGACCAACAGCAGACGGCUUCAGCUUCUGAAGCCUGAAGCCUGUGUAGGAAUGGGGACCUGAACAAUUGGGAUUUCGACGAAAAGCUGGUUUUUCCAGACAUAGA